AUGUCACCGUUGUUAAUGAAUACUACAAGUUCGUCAGUACCAAUGGAACCGCUGGAUGAUAUGGAUGAAACUGCUUCGGAAUCGAAUGAUGGCAUGGAGCACAGUAACACGAAUACUACGAAUACUACUACUUCUGCAUCUGGAAAGCUAAUUUUGGCUAAUUUUUCUGAUAAAUUUCAGGAAAUGGUGGCGUGGCUAGCCGCACAGCCGAAAUUGAAUGCGCGUUCGAAAAGCGGUUAUAUCUUGUUUUCAGCUGAGGUCCGAAAGAAAGUAAUGGUAGAAAAUCCAGAAGCUGGUUUUGGCGAAGUUAGCAAAAUUGUUGGCAUCGAGUGGAAGAAACUUUCGGAAGAGCAAAAAAAACAGUACGAAGUUAGAGCAGAAUACAUAGCAAAUGAACGAGCAAAGCAAGAAGCACGCGAGCCUGUUAACUACAGGUUAUUGGAAACUGGUUUGUUUGUUAAGAAUUUCAAGUUCACAUUUUUCAGCCUGGUCAAAUUCGUGUCUUUGGCUGUAAAUGGCAAUCAUGUGAUUUCCAGUUCGAUAAUCCUGAAGAAUUAUAUGAUCAUAUAA